GGCAGGCACAGGCAGCGGGGCUUUGCUGAAGCACAGGAGUUGUUCCUGCCAUCAGAAAUAAAUUUUAAAAAGCAGCAGCAGAGGGUUGGCACUUUGGCAAUAAUCCCUGGAUGUCUUCUACCUGAAGAGUAAGGUGGUGGUGGUGGGGGAACGGAUGUUGUGCAACCUGCUUUUCUUUUUCCUGAACUGUGAGUGAGCUUGGAACACCUGAACUUGAUAUGCCAACUGAAAUCUCUCAUGCAGUGAGAAUGCAUGCCAUCUCCGGCUUCCAUUCCUCGCUGACAGUGCGGCUUCUCAACAAAGGUCCUGAGUACCUUCGCAAGCAGAUGGAGGCAGGCACCCCUGGCAGGAAGAGUGCUGUGGAAAGACUGGCAGCGGAUAAGGCAAAGUAUGUAAAAAGUCAGCAAGUAAGCAGUGCUAAGCAGGGGCCGAUCUCUGCCCUCAGCUCUGCUUCAGAGAGCAGCUGUGAGAGCAGUUCUGUGGAAAGUAAAAAAGUCAACAACAACUUGGCUGAGGGAGAAAGCAUCAAAAUCGUGGAGCGAGUUAACACAGUGGUGGACUCUGGCCCAGCUCCCCGUGAACACGGCCCUCCCAUAGCGAGGCGAAGCAGUUCCAAGAGGCAAAUCAGACCAGACUCUUUAGUGAUCUAUCGCCAGAAGUGUGAAUUUGUGAGAGGCCAAAGCCAUGACAACAGUCGUGGGAGUUUAGUGAGAAGGCUGUUCCAGGGAUCUUUCAAGGAAAAGCAGCUGGUUUCUGAGGUGUCCAAAGCCAUCCUCAAGGAAGACAUUGCGCCUACAACAGAAGGGCCUCUACUGAUUGAAGAUGUGGGCAAUAAACUUGACGCAGGAGGGCAGAACAUAACUCUGAGCACAGGUACAGCAACCAUUCUCGCCAGCAGAUGUGAGAAUGCUUCAAAUCAGACUGUGGUGCCUCCUGAAGUGAGGAGGAGAGGUCUCCACCGGUCUCAGUCGGACAUUUCUUCCCGAUACUCAAAAUCUUUCUCUGAGUUUGACACUUUCUUUAAGUAUUGCGGCCUUGAGCCUGAAGUAAUAGAGGACCUUGGGCAAGAGAACUUUUCCGUGGCUUCUGAUAACAUCUCUUUCCGGAUUCGCAGCACCAGUGUGGCAACGUCAGAAAGUGACUUCACCAGGCACAGUGGUGACGAUGGGUUGCUGGAAGAAGAACUAACAGAGCAGGUUCCCACAGGCUUGUCAGUGAUUGAACGCAAUGCUCGGAUAAUCAAAUGGCUCUACACAUGUAAGAAAGCCAAGGAGAACAAAAAUGUGCUGCAGGAGUUCGUGUGAUGAUGUGUUCCCUUCCCAAAAUGUGUUGCAGCAAGAACUGAAGUGUUCUUUGAACUAAUCAGAACGUGGAUUUGUAGCAACCAUUUUGGCCAUUCUUCCUCAGCAGUGUAACUGUGUCCUGCAACCCAACAACACCAUGUUUGACUGAAAUGCAACCUGAAUCUGGGAGUCAAUAAUAGCUUCUGGAAAAGAAGGAAGAACCCUUCUGAAAUCUGUAGAUCUGCAAGUCAUUCCCCCAUAACAACAUCAUGAACAUACUAAAGGUUACAGUGAUGUUGGUUCGUGCACAUUUGAAUUUUCUGACUCGCAAUCUUACAGCAAAACAGAAAUCUUGUCAUAAUACCCUCCAAGUGCUGCUUCCUAGAAGAUGAUUUCUCAUAUGAAUAUCACCAACGUAACAGGAAUAAAUUAAAUAUCCAUUAUGUAUGGCAAAUACUCGAGGCACUUUUGCUGGGUGCUGAGAAGCUGCAAACAGCAACGAUCUCCCAAACACCUAUAUAGAGCAAAAAAGAUGUAUACAAUUGUCUCAAGUUAUUGAUGUGUGUAUGGUUUUCCAACUUGACAUUUCAGCUCAGUUCAGACAGAACAGAAAACAAUGGUUUUAUGUUGUUAAGAAUGGACAGUUUGUGGAACCAAGAAUCAUCUUGCAGACAAUCAUUUCAGUUCUAUUUUGCCUCAACAAAUGAUGGUUUCAUCACCUUUGCUCUGGUUGGUCAUAUCUGUAGGUGGGUGGUAUAUGAGGGCAGCACUAGGAAACCAGCCAAGAUUAAGCCAGGAUAUCCAUGUGUCUAUACAUUACACAAAUCCAUAGUUUAGACUAACUAUGAUUAAUAAACCAAUGUCAGGGUUUGGCAUCCUGAUAUGAUGGACCAUGAACUAUGAUGGGGUGGAGCCAUGGCUUAAUAGUGCAAGGUCCAGGUCCCAUAUGGUUGCCAGGCCGCUGGCGGAGGGCUCCCUCUUAGGUUCCUGGAGUUUUUGGCAUGCUGCAAAGCAUGCAUGCCGCAAUGAUGUCCACUGGAAGUGACAUCAUCAUACAGGGCACACUGUAGGGAAUGCUCAGUCAUUUGGGGGAAUGCUCAGUCAUUUUUCCUCAAACCAUAAAGUAUCCCCCUAACAUGCUCUGCGUGAUGAUGUCACCUCCGGCACAGAUGAGGCUCUUUGGGGGCAGGGUUCUGCCUGUCGGUGGGCUCAGGGGUGGCAGAUCGGGGCCCCCAAAAGUGGAUAUACCCCCACCCGCAUUGGGGAAUGGCAACCCUAAAGUCCCAGGUUCAAUCCCCAGCUGGAGGAUUUAAAGGAUCAAUUAGUAGGUGAUGUGGAAGAGCUCAACCUGAGACUGUGUUGCUGGCAGUCAGUGUAGACAGUACUGACCUUGAUGAACCAAUGGUCAAAUUCAGUACAAGGCAGCUUCAUGUUCAUGCAUUCAGCUAACCAUAUUUAGCAGAUUGGCCUGAUUCAGAUGGUCACACUAACCAUAGUGGGUUUGAUUUGCUCUUUUUGUGUGUGUUUGUGUUUUUAUAAUAUAUACCAAAACUGAGCCUUUGUGUGAAGUAGCCAUGAAAUUGGAACACAGUAUAACAAAGCACCUGCCUAUGUUUCUAACAGAAAUCUGUUUCCUAACACAAAUGUUCUUCUGGAAUAUAUGGUCCAUCCAUUCUUUCCAGAACAUGCAAUGACUCCAUAAAUGCCAUUUUUUAAAGAAAUGCAAGCCAUUUUAUGCUCCUAGUAUCCAUAGGUACUUCUUUUUGCAUUCUGUAAAGCAUCAUCUCCAGCUUUGUUAUAUUUUAGAUAAAAGUUAGACAACAACAAAAAUACAGGAUAAUGGACAAGGCCAUAGUUAACAGUCUCCCUCCGCCCCUUUCUUGCACUUUCUGAAAAGCCAUUCUUGAAACCUAGGUGAUCCUCCAGUAAGAACUGGAGAUACAUGGGAAUACAGCCAAAAGAGAGAAUUAGCAGUCUCCUCCCCUUGAGUAUGUUGAUUCCCUGGGUUCUUUGGAUCCCAGCCAUAGUCUUGGCACAGUAUGAAAUGAUGCUGCAGACACAACGGAGCUGCUCUUUAUUAGAAAAGGCCAUUGCUUUUUUUAUAGGACUGCUGGGAUGCGAAGUAAAAUGUGUGGUCUAGACAGGCCUGCAGGCACACAGCUGUCUGGAGUAGUUAACAGUAUCAGUGUAAAGAUGGCUUUUGACUUGGGUUUUCCAAACAGGGUCUGCUUCUCCACCACUUGGGAGCAGCUCUCAUUUAUGCAACAGCAAGCAAGCAAAAACAUGUCUUUCCCUGUUAUUUCAUACAUACAUGACUUUUCAUGCACUGGCACUCGCAAAUACCACAGAGGUCUGCAGCAUGCAUUUUACUGUUGGGAGUUUAGGAACACUGACAUUUGGGCAAAUGGUUUAAAAACUGAACACAUUUCAUAUCCAAACGCGUAGCAAUCAAAAGGGCUGGAUUGAGGCUGCAAUGCUAAAUAUGCUUAGUGAGAUUUACUUCAGAGUAUACAUUGUUAGAAUUGCAGUGGUAGUUAGGUAAUUCUUCUAAUUUGUAAGGUGUGAUUGCUACCAGGAUUUAUUUUUCAUAGAAAAUUAGACAACAAAACAAUGCAGAAUGGAUUGGGCUCUUGGUCUUUCUAUAUUGAAUAACAGGCCAUAUCAAUUUACAAUAAUAAUUAACAAAAAACCCUUCUGGACAUUCCUGAGAUGGUGCCAGCCAAGCCAGUCCAGGGAUGGCAUGCUUGAACUGAAAUAGCAGCAAACAGCUCACGCUAUGUGCUUCAGUUAUGCCAGGACAACUCUCACUUUGUUCUAAUGAUUCCUGGUUUUUUAUUAAUGAAAUACCAAAGCAGGCUUUGAGGAAUGGAGGGCAUUUUGGAUGAUGGCUGCCGAAUGUAAGAAGGUCUUUAACUGGAAAAGAUAGUUGCUAAUGUCUAAAGAGCAACGCUCUAUAAAAUAUAUAAUCUUCUUUGCUGUCAAUAUACCACCGCUCCAAAGAAUCAUACUAACUCCAGAAGCUGUAAUCUUACGUAGGUGUGGUUCAGGGAUCAAUCCUAAAGAGGUUUGUUCUGAAGUAACUCCCAUGUAAUUCAUUGGGACUCAGUCCCAGGAAAUUGCUUUUAGGAUGUCAGAUUCCCAUCAGAACACUAUUUAUUCCUCAAGAUUCAGCUAUAUGCUAUAUUCGUGUUCUGCUGCCAUGUUUGGCAUAGUAGAGCAAAGAACUCGUCUGCUGAAAGCUGAAAGGGUGAGUGGAGUGGCCUCCUGUUUUGUUUGUUUUUUUGAAAAGCACAAGCUCUCAGACAAGUACUGCUGUCAGCAGAGGAACAUGGCAAUUCCUUUGCCAUUCCAAGAACAGUCCCAUGAUGAGCUCUUGCCAGUUACUUGCCAUGUUGCACCAAAGAAACAGCUAAUCUUACUGAAAUAAUUAGUAAAAUAAGCACUUGAUGAGCACUUUUCUGUGUCUUUUUUAACCCUGUCAAAUGUGUGUGUGUGUGUGUUAAAGAAAGGGAUCAAGUAUGUUAAUUUAGGAUUUUUUUAAAUGAUAAAACUCUAACCCGACAAUCCUUGGAUCUCCUCCUGAUUCAAAGGGUCUACUAGGCACAUAGAGUUCUCACCACAUAUGUCAAUGGAACAGAUUAAUCAGCACAAGCACUCUGUUAAGUGCACAGAUCAGCUCCUGAUAUUGAAAUGGGUGGAAACCCACAUGUCUACAGGAGCUCUGUGCAUGCAUCAGAAGACAUACAGACCUCUUGAUCUGUUUGCAAGACUGCAAGGAUGAAAUAUAUUUUAUUUUUAAUUUAUUCCAGUGUUAGGAAGCUAAAACCAGCACCUGAAGUGCUAAUUAAUAAAUUUAUGUAAGUAAAAAUAUUAUCUUCAUUAGUCAGUAGAACAUAUUGUCCUCAGUUUCUACAGUCCAUUUUGCCUUGGAUGUUCUGAUAUUACUAUGUGUCUCACUAGGUGGUGUGUGUGUGUAUAUAUAUAUAAUGUAGUUUUUAAAAACUGUUCUCUCCAAGUGGCUGAUACUUAAAAACAAUGUUUAAAAAAUGUGUUUUGUUCUACCUUGUGCUUUGAGCUUGGAAGUUGUUGUGAAACGAAAAUAUUCUCUUCCAUUAUAGUAAAUAUUGUUACAUUGUCAUCACUGAUUCCUACUCUGAACCACAUGCUUCUAAUGUGGUAGGAGGUUACCCAAUACU